GAUUCUUCAUCUUUUACUUGAAUACUCCAUAGCCAUGUCCUUGUUUGAUAUUGAAAAACACCUUGUGUUCUACAGAUCGUACCACUUCAACCAGAAGAAUGUUGCGAUACAUUUGAUGUGUAUUCCGAUUAUUCUACUCUCUGCCAUCACCUUUUCGAGUGUGCACAACAUAUUGGGUGAUGACUAUCCCCAAGUGAACUUGGGAUCAUUAUUGGCAUGGAGUUAUGGGAUUUUUUACAUUUUGAAUGACUGGAAAGUAGGAGUACCAACUGGGGCUUUUAUAACGGUAUAUGCAUAUCUUGCUAAACAUGUCUAUCAAAGUCUCAAUAACUAUACUUUUAUAAAUAAAGAACAGUUUGUUCACAUUGCGGUUAUUGCCCAUGUUGUUUCUUGGUUAGCUCAGUUCUAUGGCCAUGCAGUUUUUGAAAAAAGGUCGCCUGCUUUACUCGAUAACCUUCUCCAAGCUCUUGUUUUAGCCCCGUUUUUUGUUUCUUUUGAAGUUGCCUUUUGGUUAGGCUACAGAUCAGACUUGAAAAAGAAAAUGGAUAACCAAGCUGGAAUUAAAGUUAGAGAAUUUAGGGCUAAAAGCAAAAGGGAAGAAUCUACCUAGUAUCUCUACUAAAGAUAACGCGUUUAUGUCAUUUUAUAUAUUUGUUGUUUACUCAUGAUUAACUUAUUUUUGAUUUGCUU